UGUCGCGACUUCUUGCGCAGCUAGUUGUCCGCGAUGUCGCGCACGGUCGAGGCGGGUGCACCGCAUAAUAAUCGGCGUUAAUCUACAAUCAAAAAGUGUAAAAUCAAUCUAAAACCACCAGAAAUAUUGGUAUAAAGUUCCUUCACAUAUUAAAAUUAUCAAAUAGAAUUCUUUACACAAUGGAGGACAGUUCACCGGAUUUGAGCUUAAAGCUCCGCCGUGGUUCAAGUGAUUCGCGUGACAGCUUCUACAUGGAUUUCGAUAAAGGAAUUGAUUCUGAUAUUGAUGAUAUGGCGACGACGUCGGCGGCGGAUCUUGCAGACGUCGCUGAUACCCGUACACUUACAACAGAAACAAGUGUAACAUUUGGUGCACAUCGAGAUGAAGCUAUUAGUUGGCCAAGCAUUCCACAGCAGAAUGUGAGCGGUGGGACGACGCGAAGCAGUCAAUUAGGCACUCGGGAUCCAUUGUUACCAUCGCCGAGUAAUCCGAGUGCUUUGAUUGUGUCCCCUGAAUCACUCAGUCAUCAAUCCACACCAAGCAGACCUGCGAAGUCACCUGGACAUGUACAAAUUCAAAUUACACCACCUAGAGAGAUUCAUCCAGGCCCAAUGGCGUUGGCUCCGAUGGGAUAUUAUCCAUCUCAACAGAUUCCAAUGGCACGGCGUUUAUCUCGGGCUGAGAAACAAAUUGAAUGGCGGCAAUUAGGAGCUGAUGCGCUUGCAACUACGUUGUCUGCGUUGUACGGGAAGCUUUUAGUCGUGAUGGGUACUGCUUUUCCAAUGGCGGAGGUCAUUUCAACGUACAUUCCGCCAUCUUUUUAUGAAAUUUACUAUCUGUAUCUGUACAUAGGGAGCAUGUUAUUCUUGUUCUAUAUGUAUAUUGUAUUAGUGCGUGAUAGACGUAUAAGAAAACGAGAAGAACGCGAACGAAAUAAUCAAUCAUCUGGUUCCAAUGACGAGACUGAUACAACCGAUACUACAAGUACCCAACCCUAUAGACCAAGACGAGGGUCUCUGCAAAUGCCACACAAACAAAAUUAUGGCAGUUUUUAUUUACGAAUGGGCGCUGUUGCUUUUGGGAUUGGUAGUAUGAUCUACUCCGGUUUGGAAUUUGGGCAGUAUUUUGAGCAAGAACAGAAUACAAAAUGUCACAACAUUUUCCUGGCGCUGACUCCCGCCACGAGGAUGGCGUUUAUCUUCAUACAGAUGUAUUUUAUAUUCCUCAACAACGAGCAAAUGCGAGUGUACAAACACAAAAUCACUGCAAGAUUUGGCCUGAUGCACAUGAUCGGCACAAAUCUUUCAGUAUGGCUGCUCGUACUGGUACAAGAAACAAAGCACGAGAUUCUAACAUUCUACAAUCCCGAAAACAACUCUCUUCGCAUUUCGCAUCGAAUACCUUACCACAAACACAAUGUACUGGGCCUGCCUGCCGUUCCUGUUGAUCACCCAGCCGAUGCCCAUGAUCAUCAUCACAUUGUUCCUCGCGGUCUAAAAGGUCCACACCACCUAUACGAAUGCCGGCGUACCAACAUCAUCGGUUCGCUUGUACAGGAUGCCUCGCCGUUUUUAUUUCCCUGCACUAUUGAAUACAGCCUCAUCUGUGCAGCCAUUUUGUAUGUGAUGUGGCGUAGCAUUUCAAAACUGCCAACGAGUGCGUCCGCGUUGAAACUCCAACCGGAACUGAAUAUCAAACGUACACCACAUCACUACUCCGUUGAUUGCUCAAGAGCGCAUAAAGGACUUUUUGUUGGAAUAUUCUUUUUAGUCCUAACGAUCAUUUCAUUGAUUCUGUUCUUUGUGUUGAUCUCUCGUUCUGAAUUCGUCGGGCUCGCUGUCAUCGAAGUCAACAUCGCUGAACUAACGUUAUAUGGCCUCACCACAUUAGCUACCUUGGCAGGGAUGUGGCAAGUGCGUCAGUUGAAAUAUGAUGGUUCGAGGAACCUGCAACUAGACAACAUUCUACUAGUUGGGGCACAAACAGGCAUGUAUAUAUACAGCACCUUCACUAUCAUCGGAGGACAAUUCACGAUCGAGAAAAAUACAGUAUUGGUCUUGAUCACUGCAUUGGCGUCCCUGGUACAGACCACGUGCCAAACAAUUUUUAUUUUGGAUGCAUCACGUCGCAAAUGCGCGACGCCAGAACAAAUACGUAAGAAACCUGCCAGACAGAUAGUCACUUUUUUAUUGGUCACAAACCUAGCGAUGUGGGCCAUCAACACACUAGAGAAAUCCAGGGCAGAAUCACAUCCGAUUCAGUUGCACUUCUAUGGUCUCUGGGCGUGGACCAUUAUCACACAUGUAUCAAUGCCGCUCGCCAUUUUCUAUCGGUUUCAUAGUACUGUGUGCCUAUGCGAGAUCUGGAAACGGGCCUACAAAAUGAAACCGGUGUACAUGUGAAAACGACUUCAUUUGGAUCGACGAAUAGAUCCAAAACAAUUGCGAAUUGAUAAAUUUAACAUAUAGUUGAAUAUUAUCAACACCAUCUGAACAGCAAACUAGUUAGCAAGUACACUGAAAUUAUAUCAAAGACUUAACUACCUCUUUAAAGGACACAUAUUCACUUUUUAAAUUUGAAACCAAACAAUUAUUAUAAAUUAGUAUUUAGUGUUGUACAUAAUCAAAUUGCUCAAAACAUGCUGGAUUAGAAAUUCGACUAUAUAGUUAAAUCUAAAAGUUGUAGAAAAUAGAAGAUCUAAUACAAAAAUAAUAAAGACCAAUCCAAAAUGGAGAUUAAAUAUUUUUAGACAAUGUUUCAGAACCAGCAUGUUCAAAAAUAGGAGACCAAAACCAUUUAGAAUAUUUCCCAUGUAUAACAUUUGUAUCAAUUUGUAAUUUUUUUCUAGUUACCUAUAAAUAUUUACACACAUUAUUCUUAAUGACAAAGAAAACUUUUCUACUGGACUUACAUGAUAUGACUAUAUAUAAAUGAGUGGUAUGAAUAAGUUAGUGUGCCAAAAAAUGUAUUUUACAUAUUAAUAAGAGUUUAAUGACAUUGUAUAAAAUAUUGUUCCUAAAUCAUUGAGUUGAUAGAGCAUAUUAUUUAUUUGUUAAAUGUUGCCAUUUAUUGCUGUUAUUUUGUUAGGUGCGUAGAUAUUAUUAUGUUGUAUUAUGUGCGAAAAUAAUUCUAUCCCUUUGUGUUUUAUGUAUUGUAAUUUAUUAUUUAUGACAGGAUAUUGUUUAUUGUUGUUUUAGCCUGUAACGCGUUCAUGUAUAGCAAGCAAUUAAUGCGAAUUAUUUAAUUCGUUCCCCGGAAAUAUUAAAUGUUGUUAUUUUAAUGCCAUAUGAAAAUUAAAGUAAUAAACUAUCUAUAGAAAAAUCAA